AUGGCUUCUUCUUCCUCUGCUUCCUCCGCCAUUUCCUUCGAGUCUGAGUCCACUCGAGAAGCAACUCCAGAGUAUGAACCCAUCGCCACCUAUGAGGCCUGCGCUCCUCUACGUUGGGAUGCAGAGGAGUUGGACUUCCAGACUUGGUCAGAGGAUGAUGAAUCCCUGACUGACGGUGAAGAUCUCCAGCUUCUCCUCGGCAGAGAGCUGGAUGAAGAUGACGAGGACAACAUAUCCUGGGAGGGGGACUUCUUUUCUUCGAAGGAAGAAGUCGAUUCCUCAUUAACCGAGGAGGACUCGGUGGCAGGAGGCUUCCUGCUUGGCGGGUCGUUGGAGGACGACGACGACGAUGACAAUGUAGAAACCGAAGACAACAACGGCUUCAGCAGCGACAGCGGCGGAGACGAUGGUGCCAGCGACGGCGAUGGCAGUGACGACGACGGUGAUGCCAGCAUGGCUCCUCCGAUCAAGCACCGCAGAGUCUCAGGCACCUACUGGUGGUAG